CUUAAUUAAUGCAGAGGCCACUGCAAGAGCCUGCAAGGGAAUAUAUUCUCAUUUGAUGGACCUGGUCGAUCGUGUAACAAUUCAAUGUCUAGCAAAGGACAGACCUGGACAGAUUGGACAGACCUGGACAGACGGGACAGAUAUGGACAGACGGGACAGAUAUGGACAGACGGGACAGAUAUGGACAGACGGGACAAAUGGACAGACAGGACAGACGUGGACAGACGGGACAGACGUGGACAGAUUGGACAGACUUGGACAGAUUGGACAGACCUGGACUUGGACAGACCUGGACUUGGACAGACCUGGACAGAUUGGACAGACCGGACAGAUUGGACAGACCGGACAGAUUGGACAGACCGGACAGAUUGGACAGACCGGACAGAUUGGACAGACCGGACAGAUUGGACAGAUCUGGACACAAUAGGGUACGACUUUACAGCAAUUUAGCUGGAAUUCUGAUUAGGAAAUCAUGGUACUAGGCUCGUUAUUCACCAGAAAUGAAAGGCAACCGUGUGCUCGCGGUAAUCGGCGUUCUGCCUCUUUGACUCCAGCCUCCAG